CGCUCUCCUUCCCCCUCCUCGCGUAACAAAAGCGCUAGGCAGGACAAAACACCACGUUCAUCUGCGGGUUUUUCCAACGGCGCACACGGCCAACGCUCUCCCGCUGUGUGUGCCAUUUGUCUCGGGCACAACAAUCAUCCUUUCGCUGAAUGUCCCGCAGACCGCCUGUGGGACAAUUCCUAUUCUACCAUCAGCAAAUGGGUCCUUCGCCACAGCGACAAGCCACUUUGUGUCGAUUGGCAACGAGGUCGAAGUUGCCCAUCUCGCUUGCAUGAUGAACGACACCUAUGCUCCGGGUGUCUCUCGCUCUCCCAUGGAGCUCAAAACUGCCCUCGAGCACAGACGCUCUCAUCCAGUGUGUCCUUAUAA